AUGAACAAACAAGAAGAAUUUGAGCUUGCUCCUAUUGACCCCGAAAUUGAACGCACUUUUAGACAAAGGAGAAAGGCACAAAAGGCUAAAGGCCACUGCAACAUGGCUGAAAAUGUUGGAGAAGUAGGGGGUGCGCAUAACAUGGCUAAUCCUAUUGCCUUGGCGAAUGAUAGAGCCAGAGCAAUAAGGGAAUACGCUGCCCCUAUGUUCAACGAGCUCAAUCCGGGCAUUGUGAGGCCCGAAAUUCAAGCACCUCAGUUUGAGCUCAAACCUGUCAUGUUCCAAAUGCUCCAAAUAGUUGGUCAAUUUAGUGGGUUGCCAACGGAAGAUCCUCAUCUCCAUCUUCGCUCAUUUUUGGAGGUGAGUGAUUCUUUCAAGCUACAAGGAGUAAGUGAAGAGGCACUAAGAUUGAAGUUGUUCCCGUUCUCUUUAAGGGAUCGAGCUAGAUCAUGGCUCAACACCCUUCCUCCCGAUUCGGUGACAAAUUGGAACGACUUGGCUGAAAAAUUCUUAAGGAAGUACUUCCCUCCCACUAGAAAUGCAAAGUUUCGAAGUGAGAUUAUGUCUUUUCAGCAAUUGGAAGAUGAGUCCACUAGUGAAGCUUGGGAAAGAUUCAAGGAGUUGUUGAGAAAGUGUCCGCACCAUGGUAUCCCUCAUUGCAUACAAAUGGAGACAUUUUACAAUGGUCUCAAUGCAGCCUCUCGGAUGGUAUUGGAUGCUUCAGCCAAUGGAGCCAUUCUUUCUAAGUCUUACAAUGAAGCAUUCGAGAUUUUGGAAAGGAUUGCAAUCAAUAACUAUCAAUGGUCAACCACUAGAGCCCCUACAAGUCGAAAGGUGGCGGAAGUUCUUGAAGUUGAUGCGUUAAUCGCUCUAACCGCUCAAAUGGCCUCAAUGACCAACAUUCUAAAGAACAUGAGUUUGGGAGGGAGCAUACAGCCAGCCACUGCCAUUCAAAGUGCAGAAAUCUCAUGUGUUUAUUGUGGAGACGGACAUACUUUUGAGAAUUGCCCUUCGAAUCCAGCCUCGAUUUGCUAUGUGGGUAAUCAAAAUUUCAACCGCAACAACAACCCAUAUUCAAACUCUUACAAUCCAACAUGGAGACAUCAUCCAAACCUGUCAUGGGGGGGUCAAGGAGCAAGUUCAAGUGGAGCACUAGCACAAGGAAAAUAG